UUAAAGAGCCAGUGUGUCGGCUCGGGCGACGAGUGGAAACGAAUCCUCGUCGGCCGAAGGACAAUGCCGAGCGUGGCAAUGUCGCUUUGGCUGCCGGGUAGUAUAAAUACCGGAGACGCACGGCCGUCGGCCAUCAGUUAUCCAGCCGAUUUCCCCUUGGAAACGCGACGUGCUACGUCCUACGUGUUACGUCGUCGUGCUCCUUCCGUUCGUCCUUUGUCGAAAAUCUCGCAGCGGAAUAAGAGCUAGCAACGUUUUUUGUUUUGUUUGUUUCGUUUGUUUCGUUUGUUUGUGUGUUUCGUUUGUUUGUUAUUGUGCCAGCAGACAGAGCACGUGUGUGCAAUGUUCACCAAUUGGCUGACGGGCAGCAGCAACAGUAGCGGCACGCCGGCCACUCGCUCCACAUCAUCCGGUGUGGUUAGUGCCUCUGCUUUGGUGAUGAGCUCGCCACCGGAUGUGAUCCUGGAGGUCGGUCCCGCGCCCACCAGUGUGCGAUUCGUGGCCCACUCGCUGGUGUUGGGCAUGCACAGUGGUUACCUGCGUUCCGCCAUCCGACUGGAUGAGGCAGCAGCAGCCGCUGCGCCAGCAGCCACGAACUCCAAUCCAUCGGGCACCACGGCAACGGGUGAACUAUUACUAUAUCUGAGCAAUGUCACCGCCGAUCAAUUUGCCCCGCUGCUCACUUAUAUGUAUACGGGAUAUCUGGACCUGACCGUCGACAAUAUCUUUGCCGUUCUGCUGGCCACCCAUGUACUGCAUAUGCCAAGAGCUUUGGAAAUCUGCCGCUCCUUUUUGGCGCGAGCUCAAACGGAGGGCUACUUGAACGGCAAUCCCGCCCAGCUUUGUCCAGUGGCCAGCAUUCCAGCCAAGGUCAUCCGGCCGAUACCCAGCAAGGCCACCCUGCCGAAUUUCGGUUUCCUGCCCAUGCCAAGUGCUCCUGCUGCUCCUCCUCCUCCUCCUCCUCCACCUCCUCUGCCUCCUCUGCCUCCUCUGCCUCCUCCGCCUCCUCCGCCUCAUGCUCCUUCUUCGCAUCCUGCUCAGACUAUAGCCCUUAGUGCGUUUGACGCAGGCACAUCGCUUAUGGACGAAUCAUCAACCAUUCGCAUUAACGAAGAGGACGAGGAUGUGGAGGUCUUUAUAGACAGCAAUACAGUGACGGAUAACGAGGACGAUCCCGAGCCGGAUGUGGACAUGGACUGCAAUGUUUCGGUGGUGAGUUCUCUGGCCGGAAGCAGUGCCGGCAGCCUGAACAUCGAGCGUCUGGAUGUGAAGCCAUCAACUCCAAUACCUGAUGUUGCUGUUGCUGCUCCAUCCGUAAAUACUCCAUCCACUGUCAAAUCGCAUUCCCAGAAUCUGCAGCCCAAAGGCCACAACUCGAAAAGGGAAGCGAUGGCAAAGGGUAGGGGUAACAAAAGCACUUCGACCAGAUCAAGAAAAUCCAGUGGUCUGCAGGUGGCCAGGGCUCCGGUGCCGGCUGCCCAAUUGGAAAUGGUUAAUGCCCAACCGAUAACUGCCUCGAAAUUCAUCAUCGAUGUGGCCAGUUGCGAUGGACCGGUGAGAUUUCGCCGGAUCCUAAACACAGCCUAUGGCCAUAAGCCCGAGGAUUUGGCAUCAGUAGCCGGCGAGGGAGCAGGAGGACGGGGAGCAGCUGAUGCUGGAGGAUCAUCGUCGGGUGAGCAACAACGCAGCCAGCAGAGCGUUAGCUAUUCGUUUCACCAGCAAAUGGCCAGGGCCAUUAGCAGUCAGCAGCGACAGCAGCAGCAGCAGCAGCAGCAGCAGGAGGAGUGUGAAAACAGUGGUGAUGCCACGAAAACAUCAGCUGGCAAACAACGGCUGGCCACAGGAGCCACUUCAUCAGCGGCCAGCGCAUCGGGUGGCGGUGGCAAUGCAACAACAACGACCGCAAUGGGCAAUGGGAAUAGAAAACCGCAGGCAACCGGAUCAUCGACAUCGACCAGUGGCGCUGGCGGCAAUCACGAACUAUAUGUAUGCGUGUAUUGCAAGCAUACCUUUAAAUCGCAAUAUUGUUAUCAAAAACAUGCCAAGCGCCAUUUGAAUCCACUCAGUUUGACCACGGCGGACAAGAAGUUGCUCGCCGAACCGCUCACUUUGUUGGGCAGCAGCAGUAAUGGCCUGGAAACGGAUAGCCAACUGGUUGGAGGUCAAAGUGCAACGGCAACGUUGAUCGGUGGAGGAGGAGCAACAGCGACAAUUGCAACAGGAGGAACAACAUCGGCGGCAUUGCUGCGCCGUGAAGUGCGACCACUUGACAUGAAUGUGCAAUAUUAUCCCUGCAAAACCUGUGGCAGCAAGUUCCCCAGCUACUAUUUCGUGCACAAGCAUCGCAAAAUGUGCCAUGCCGAUGAAAUCGAAGCAACUGCCACCAGCAACACUAGCAACACGAGCAACACGAGCAACAACAGCAGCAGCAACACCAGCAGUAGCAGCAGCAGCAACUACAGCAGCAACAUGAAACGCGAAGCAGCAGCAGCAACAACUGUCGAGGAUCAGACGACACAGCAGCAACAUCAACAACAAUCCUAAGAUUUAUGGCAACGCACACUCAAAGCUAAAUCAAAGCAACGAAAUCUACGAAUUUAUAUACACCAAAAUCACAACACACACACACACACACACACACACACAAGCUAAAUGUUUUUUUUUUUUUUUUUUGUCGCUAUAGAAAUAAAAAGUAUUUAAACUAUCAAAGGGUUCAAUUGUUGAUAUAUAUUUCAGUCCAACAAGUGAAAUAAAAAAUUGGGAAUCUCUUAAAGGAGAUACGAAAAUAAAUUAAUGGUGGAAAAAUCGGUUA